GAGGAGAGAGAGACCACCAGAGGGCAGAGACCGGCAGAGCAGCUUGAUGUCUGCUGGCUAGUGUCCGUGCCCUCCUCAUGUUGUCCUCACUGGAGGCCCAGGCGCUGGACACGAUGCAGGAAUGUGCGGAGGCUGACGGAGCGGGCGAGCUGGCUCAGGGGGUGGCUGCGGUCCAGGUGACAGAGGGACGAGGCUGCGGGGAGGCGGGGGGCGAAGAGGCGCAGACGAACGGGCUGGGCAGGCCCGGGCCCCCCAAGCGAGCGCUGUCCCGGCGGCUCUCCAGCAGGAAGCUGUCCCUCCAGGAACGUUCGUCCGGAAACUCGCUGUCCGGCCCCGGGGAACUGCCGGGAUUCGCUCCCUACUCCACCGGCCCCCCACCUGCUCGCUCCGGCAGGCGGCCCACCAUAGAGUCCAACCAGAUCAGCGUAACCAACAGCCAGGAUUCAGUUCAGCUCAAUCAGUACAAGCUGAAGACUGAGAUUGGCAAGGGCUCGUACGGAGUGGUGAAACUCGCCUACAACGAGAACGACGACACGUAUUAUGCCAUGAAAGUGCUGUCCAAGAAGAAGAUCCUCAAACAGUACGGCUUCCCACGCCGGCCCCCUCCCCGAGGGCCGAAGGCUGCCAGUGAGGAGCAGCAGAAGCCUCCCAGCCCCCUGGAGCGUGUGUACCAGGAGAUCGCCAUCCUGAAGAAACUCGACCAUCCCAACAUUGUCAAACUGGUGGAGGUUCUGGAUGACUCUUCAGAAGACAACCUUCACCUGGUGUUUGAACUCAUGAGCAAAGGGCCGGUGAUGGAGGUGCCCACAGACUCCCCCUUCACAGAGGAGCAGGCUCGCAGACACUUCAGGGACAUUGUGAUGGGCAUUGAAUACUUGCAUUACCAGAAGAUCAUCCAUCGCGACAUCAAACCGUCCAACCUGCUCCUGGGCGACGAUGGGAGGAUUAAAAUCGCGGACUUCGGGGUCAGUAACCAGUUUGAGGGGAACGACGCUAUGCUGUCCAGCACGGCCGGGACCCCCGCCUUCAUGGCCCCCGAGACCCUCUCCGAGACCAAGAAGAUAUUUCACGGAAAGGCUCUGGAUGUGUGGGCUAUCGGGGUAACGCUGUACUGCCUGGUGUACGGGAAGUGUCCGUUUAUGGACGAUUACAUCCUUGCACUACACUCCAAGAUUAAGACGAAGCCGGUGGUGUUCCCGCUGAGACCGGAGACGGGAGAGCAGCUGAAGGAUUUGCUGUUACAGAUGUUGGACAAAAAUCCAGACACCAGGAUCACCAUCCCCCAAAUAAAGACGCACUCCUGGGUGAGCCGGGAGGGGGCAGAGCCGCUGCCGCGGGAGGAGGAGCAUUGCUCGAUUGUGGAGGUGACGGAGGAGGAGGUGAAGAAUUCGGUCAAACUGAUCUCCAGCCUCUCAGCCGUGGUGAGCAACACUGCCCCGGUCACCAGCCAGUCCUCACCCUGGUCACCCCCGACUCUGACCGCAUGA